AUGGUCCGCAACAUUGUCCUCUUUUCGGGCACCUCGCACCCACAAUUGGCGGAGACGAUCUGCACACACCUAGGCAUACCACCAGCCAAGAUUCACCUCUCCAAGUUCAGCGUUGGUGAGACACGAGUAGAGAUUGGCGACAGCGUACGCGAGAAGGAUGUCUUCAUUGUGCAGUCUGGUGGUGGAAAAGUCAACGAUCACCUUAUGGAGCUGCUGAUCACCAUCAGCGCAUGCAAGACAGCAAGUGCCAAGAAAGUCACUGCUGUAUUGCCUCUGUUCCCUUAUAGUCGACAAAGUGAUCUGCCAUACAACAAGAUCGGUGCGCCAUUGGCACGUAUGCCUACACAAACUGGUCAGGAGGGAGAGAAGAAGAGCUUCACAUUCGACAGCAGACCUACGACACCACAUCCUUUGCAGAGGGAGAGUGGAGGUGUAGAGGGCAAUGGUAGCGCGAGUCUUAGCAGAAGACUGAAUGGUCUGAGCAUCGGGCACAAGAACGGCGACGUGGACCCAAAGGCACCCAUGCCGAGACGGAAGGACACUCUGGAUAGUAUCCAGUCUGACACGUCCUUCUCAGCAGCAAGUGGAACGGGCAGCUACUUCGAUGAAACCAACCCGCAAGCUCCGACCUCAGCUGCCGCGGCAGUCUCCUCCACAUCAGCUCCUCCUCCCGAGUUCAAGCCGCAGCGAGGGUACAAGCAGUGGGUGGCCCAGGCUGGCACACUUGUGGCUGAUCUCCUCACUUGCGCUGGCGCUGACCAUGUCAUUACUAUGGACCUCCACGACCCGCAGUAUCAAGGGUUCUUCGACAUACCUGUGGACAAUCUGUAUGGUCGACACCUAUUGCGCAAAUACAUUCAGAUGCAAAUAAUUCCUAAGCACGGUGGUCCAGAGAACUGUGUGAUUGUGUCACCCGAUGCUGGAGGAGCGAAGAGGGCGACUCACAUUGCAGACUCAUUACAGAUGGACUUUGCAUUGAUUCAUAAGGAACGCCGUCCAACCCACGCCCAAGACCGCCAAAACGCAACCAUGCUCCUCGUUGGCGCAGUAGCAGGCCGAACAGCAAUUCUCGUCGACGAUCUAGCAGAUACCAGCAACACCAUCACUCGCGCCGCCAAACUUCUCAAAAAAGAAGGCGCUUCUCGCGUCUACGCACUCGUUACGCAUGGCGUCUUCUCCGGUGACGCAGUAGAGCGUAUCAACGCUAGUGCCCUAGACAAGGUUGUCACUACCAACAGUGUGCCACAAGAGGAGCAUUUGGCGAAUUGUCCUAAGCUCGAGGUUCUGGAGGUUGGGCAUGUUUUUGCUGAGGCGAUUCGCAGGGUGCAUCAUGGAGAGAGUAUUAGUGUGCUCUUUCAGUAUGAUUGA